CUCACUGCUUAUUUGCCAGUUGCGAAUGGCUAACAGGCAAGGAUUGACCUCUUAUAAAAAUUCUUACAUAUGCUGUUUUUACUUCAUAUACCAUGUUAUUUAAAUCUUUCUAGAAAAUUCUGAAAAUUUCUGAAGUAGUGAUUUGCUUGUUUUAAUUCCAAAUAAAAAUAUAAUUUAAAAAUAUGUUAACAAGAAUUCUCUCGAAGCAUCGUGACCUGAGAAACAUCCUGAAACAUUUAAAUACCGGAAACAGGGAAAUUAAGUACUCGACGAAGACGAACAGUAAAUGUAAAACGAGUAAUCCACCUAGAAUACUCAUCACAGGUGGUCUUGGACAACUUGGCACCGAGUGCGCGAAAUUACUUCGUAAGAAUUACGGAAGUGAUAACGUCAUCCUUACAGACAUCAUCAAACCAACUGAUGAACAUUUGGAAAAUGGUCCAUUUAUCUUCGCGGAUAUUUUAGACUUUAAAGGGCUGCAGAAGAUCGUAGUGAAUUAUAGGAUUGAUUGGCUCAUCCACUUUAGUGCUCUUCUCAGCGCAGUUGGAGAACAAAAUGUCCCGUUAGCUGUUAGAGUGAAUAUAGAAGGUAUGCAUAAUGUCAUCGAGCUGGCUAAACAGUACAAUCUGCGAAUAUUCGUACCAUCUACGAUUGGUGCAUUUGGUCCUGAUUCACCACGUAAUCCAACUCCAAAUGUGACUAUCCAACGUCCAAGAACAAUUUAUGGUGUCAGUAAGGUGCAUGCUGAGCUUCUUGGUGAAUAUUAUUACCAUAGAUUUGGAUUAGAUUUUCGUUGCCUACGAUUCCCUGGUGUAAUAAGUAGUGACCCACCAGGCGGUGGUACUACCGAUUAUGCUGUAGCAGUUUUCCAUGAGGGUCUUAUAAAUAAAAAAUAUGAAUGCUACCUGGAGCCACACACUAGGCUUCCAAUGAUCUAUAUCGAGGACUGCUUAUCAGCGCUCUUUCAAUUUUUAAAUGUACCGAAUGAAAAAUUACGUAGGCGAGUUUACAAUGUUACUGCCAUGAGUUUCACGCCCGAGGAAUUAUUCUCCAGGCUCACGAAGCAUAUUCCGGACUUACAAAUUUCUUACAAACCUGAUAGCCGACAGCUCAUUGCUGAAUCUUGGCCUCAAGUAUUCGAUGACAGCGAAGCCCGUUGUGACUGGGGAUGGGAGCACAAAUAUGAUCUUGACAAACUUGUUACAAGUAUGUUGCGUGACGUUAAUCAAAAUUGCAUGCCUAAAUUAAAUGAUUUAGCUGAAGUCAAUAGUUACGUUUAAGGAUGAGCUAGGAAUUGUGGUUAUCACGGAUACCUAAGUUCUAAGAAAAAUAUUUAUUUUCUUAAAGGACGCCGAUACAGAGAAAAAACAAAUCAAUAAAGACUAAUAUAAACUUAGGUUAA